GAGAGAGGGAGGGAGAUAGAUAGAGGAAGAGAGUGAGAGUGAGAGUGAGAGGGAGAGGGAGGGAGAGGACACAAGCGGACUAACCUGUUCUGCCGUGGGCUGCCUGGAUCAUCCUCUCGGCGCAGCUCUACGUUUGAUUCGUCCGCCCCACCUCUCCGUCGCCGGCUCCACGCGGGGAAGGCUGUCCAAGGAUUUGUGCGUGCGGAGCGUCAGAAGGAGAGAGAGAGAGAGAGAGAGAGAGAGAGAGAGAGAGAGAGAGAGAGAGAGAGAGAGAGAGAGAGAGAGAGAGAGAGAGAGAGAGAGAGAGAGAGAGAGAGAGAGAGAGAGAGAGAGAGAGAGAGAGAGAGAGAGAGAGAGAGAGAGAGAGAGAGAGACGGCAGUAGGGAGGAAGGAGAGAGAGACAGGGAGACAUGUGUUUUGACUCAGUUGAGGGCGACUACCACUUUGCGUUCGGUCUCGUCCACUGACCCAGGAGGAAGUCCCAGGUGAGAAUCGGAGAGAGAGAGAGAGAGAGAGAGCGUGAGUGCGAGCGGAUAAUCGGUCGAGUGACGGACGUCGGCCCAGGCAUGAGCACAGACGGCCAUCAGGGGGUGGUGACCACCCCUCCUCCGCCCAGCGGGGGUCCCAAGGAGCGCUACUUCGACCGCGUGGACGUCAACGACCCCGAGUACAUCAGGGCCCGCAACAUGUCCCCCGACCUGAGGCAGGACUUCAACGUCCUGGAGCAGAAGAAGCGCGUCACGCAGAUCCUGCAGAGCCCGGCCUUUAAGGAUGAGUUGGAGGGGCUGAUCCAGGAACAGAUGAACAAAGGCAACAACCCCAAAGGCCUGCUGGCCCUCAAACAGAUCGCUGACUUCUUCAUGGCCAGCUCGGUGGCUGGCUUCAACAGCUCCCCCCUCAGUCAGGGAAUGGUCUCUCCCAUCAACGACCUCUACACGAUGGACCCUGCCACUACCGUGAAGGGGGAGAAGCAUGCACGUUGCAAACUGGCCAGCCUCUACAGACUGGUGGACCUGUUCAGCUGGGCUCACUUCUCCAACUCAUACAUCACAUGCCGGAUCAGCAAAGAGCAGGACCACAUCCUCAUCAUGCCCCGAGGGCUGGCCUUCGCUGAGGCCUCUGCUUCCAACCUGGUGAAGGUCAACAUCCUGGGGGCCGUGAUGGACCAGGGCUCCACCAACCUGAGGAUCGACCCGGCGGGCUUCAGCCCCCACGCCGCCAUCUACUCCAUGCGGCCUGACGUGCGCUGUGCCAUCCACGUGCACACUCCCGCCACCGCCGCCGUGUCGUCUAUGAAGUGUGGCAUCCUGCCCAUCUCUCAGGAGUCCCUGCUGCUGGGGGACAUCGCCUACUACAACUACCAGGGCAGCCUGGACGACCCCGAGGAGCGCAGGGAGCUGCAGAAGGCCCUGGGGCCCUCCGCCAAGGUGCUAGUGCUCAGGAACCACGGUGUGGUGGCUCUCGGGGAGACCAUCGAAGAGGCCUUUAACUUCAUCUACAAUGUCGUCUACGCCUGUGAGAUCCAGGUGAAUGCCAUCUCAUGUGCCGGCAGUAUAGAGAACCUGAAUAUUCUUGACAGAGAGGCAUACAAGGCACGAACGUUCGAAGUUGGAAGCUCCGCCGACGUAGCGAUGGGGGCUGAGUUCAAGUACAAGCGCGGUGAGCUGGAGUUCGAGUCCCUGAUGAGGAUGUUGGACAACCUGGGCUACCGGACGGGCCACGCCUACCGCCACCCCAUCGUGCGGGACAAGCCGCGGCACAAGAGCGAGGUGGAGAUCCCCGCCACGGUGUCGGCCUUCCAGUUCGAGGAGGAGGAGGAGGGCGAGGGGGGCGGGGCCACGCGGCUGCCCUUCAAGUUCCUGCAGCAGCGGCAGCAGCGUGAGAAGACGCGCUGGCUCAACUCGCCCAACAGCUACACCAAGGUGCAGGUGGAGGGCGGUGACGACCGCCACUACAGCCGCGCCACCACGUGGAUGAAGGCUGAGGAGACGGGCACGCCCAUCCGGAUCGAGGACGCCAACCAGUUUGUGCCCCUCAACACGGACCCCAGCGAGGUGCAGCAGAAGAGGAACAAGAUCAGGGACCAGAACCGGAUGGACAUGAUGUCAUCAGGCCCACGUUCUCAGCACCUGGCAGGCAUCCCUGUUGAUGCGCCAAGACAGGACCAUGUUCGGGUAAAAGUUCUGCCCUACGUGCCCUCAGUGGAGGAGCAGAUGGUUCAGCUGCCCCCCAACCCGUUCAGCGAGCUGUCGGAGGACUACCUCAAGACCGGGGAGAGGAGAGGCCUCAGUGAUGGCGAGCACGAGCUAACAUCCGACGACGGUUCCACUCUCUCUCAGUCUCUCUCAGUGUCUCUCAACCAGACGCCGCAAGGCACACCGGCCAAGCAAGAGCACCACGGCAGCGGUCUGCUCAACGGCAACGGGCGCAACGGCGGCGGCGUGGACGAGGAGCUGUCCCGGCGCGUCAGUCAGCUGACCACCAGCGUGGAGAGCGUGACGCUGACGCUGCGGCCCGGCGACAAGAUCGAGGAGCUGGCGCUCUCCCCGGAGAGCUCGCCCUCCAAGUCGCCCAACGGCAAGAAGAAGAAGAAGUUCCGCACGCCGUCCUUCCUGAAGAAGAACAAGAAGAAGGACAAGCUGGAGGCCUGAGGAGGCCCCGCCCCUUCCUCCUUGUCCCGCAGCAAGGAGCGUGGCCCGCUGAGGCCCCGCCCCCUCGCCAGAGAGGAAGAGGAAGGAGUAGUUGUAGUGGCGGCGGCGAAGGGGUAUUCCCUAUCUGUUCGUUUUGGUUUUGUUUCCGUAUGGUUUUGUUCAUGUUUGUUUUCACUGUCGAUAUCGUUGUUUUGCUUUUCUUUCGUCCAUUUUCUGUUCUGGAUUUUAAUAGAUUAUCUUUUUUUUUUUUUUCUAACAAAACAUGUCCGUACUAUAUGGUAGGCCGAGGAAGAUGUAUAUAAUUGGAUAAAUACCCCAAAAAAAAUAAUAGAAAACCCCGCGUUGACGGUGCAGAGUUGUGCCGGAGGGGGUCGGGUACAACCUGACGACGGUGAGAUGUCUCUGGUCCGCUGCACACUGCACGCUGGUGCAGAGUGGUGUCAGCUGAUACCAGGGCACUCCGCGCGGAUCCUGAAUUACUGGCUCGCCCUGUGCUGCGCUUCCCCCUUGGCUAGGGAUGGCAUUCAAAACAGCCCCCUGUGUGUCUCUGGCGCCAUGACAACCCCGAGUCGAGGCCGACGUUUGGGCUCCGCUUAUGCAGUCGCGCGCGUGUGUAGGUAAACUGGAACGAGGCGCACGGAAAUGAUCCUCACACUGGAAAGAGAAAUGUGUUUUUUCUGUUAAGGUUUUUGUUUUGUUGGCAGUUCAGCUCUGGCGGAGUUUGCGUUGCGUUUUCUUAUCUCUAGAAAGCUCUUCUUUUUUUUUUAUUAUCUUUCAACCCACUUCUCUCACUCUUUCCCCUCGCUCUCUUCAAAGAGCCUCAUUGCUGUCUAAUUGCAGUCCAGAAGGCACUGGCAGAAGCCCUGGGCUAAUUGUGGACUAAAUCCAAUGCUGCAGUUUCAGUUGUCGUGCUUCUGUUCUUCUUAUUCUUAGCUAGGCCAGGAAUGCUCGCUCCUUUCCUUGCCAGAAAACGAUACAAAAAAAGACAGAAAUGUUUCGGUGAGUGGAGGUUCUGACCCUUGGAAGAGAGGCUUACCUCCUUACUUCUAUGUAGCAUUCAAUGUAUUCUUUUGUAACUUGCUUUUUUUGCCAAACUAAAAAACAGAGUAAGGAAAAAAACAAACACACAAUCACGUUUUAGUGAAGCCUCACUUGUUCAUGUCAUACUUUUUAGCCGGGCGAGAACGCAAACGUCAUCUCUGGAAAAACUUGCAUCUCGGUUUGUUUUGCUUUGACUUUUUAAAAUUGGACGUGGAACUCCUGAGUUGGUCAUCUCUAUUUUCUACUCAUUUCUAUACUUUUACAGAGAAUACAAAUAUUAAGCAUGUUUUCUUUUGUGCAAGAAGUCGUUUUUUUAUUUACUUAAUACAUUCUGUAGUGUUGCCUGGUUUCUCAAAUUAUACGAGUCUUCAUAUUACUAAAAAAACUGCUAUAUAACACAACUAUAUGAAAACUGGAUAUGUUGGCUAUAGAUUUGUACCUAUAUAUUUUAUUGUGCUGCACUUUUUGUAAUAUUUAACACAUAGUAGUUGGUUUUACUAAGAGAGUAGGGUCUAGAGUCUUGUCGACGCUUGUGCAAAAGACAGACGAGUGAGGCGUUGGGUAUUCGAACAACUCGAGAAGGAAGAUGUGUUUAAUCGAGGGGGAGAGAGAGAGAAAACUGACUCAAAGUCACACACAGGUUAUUACUGCUCCUCCAAACAGGGGAUACGAACGGCAGCCUCUCAUCGCGUCCUGUUGCAUCAGGGUCUUCCCCAGGCAUUUGGUAUGCUUGUGUUGCUUCUAAAGCCAUAUUGUCAUCGUUUUCUCCCUCAGACGUUUUAACCAUGAGACAAGGCGGGCUAUUAUGGUCUGCUUGAUCAGCGACAAGUAUGACGUUUCCUUUCCUCCCUCCUUUCCCCCCUCUCCCCCCAAACAUGAACACGCAGCAGAUACACUCAUGGCCGUGUGCAUUUCUGUAUUGUGCUGAGUUCUCCACUUUUAAACUGGAAGUGAGCGCGGGAUCUAGGGCACACUAUGUUGUCAUCGAUAUCCUAACACGACGAAAAAGAGAACAAAAUACCCUACAUACCUUAAAGCAAUUGCAUUGUGACCCAGUUUAUCCCCCAAAGCCAAAGUGUAACAGUUUACCACAUGUUACCUCUCCAACCGAUCCACACGUCCCAGCUAGCGAUGUGAAUCCUGUUGGUUUAUUGCGAGGUGUGUGUGUACCUCUAAAACCUACAACUGGAAGGGCUGAUCUCAGUACACCUAAAGGAAGGAGAUGACGGUUAAAGGGAAGUGAUUUUGGGAGUGUAGUGUUGCGCAUUUAGGCACCAAUGUUUUAAUCCUUCAAACUGUCCUUUUAUUUAAUUUCUCCUUUUGGAAAAAGGAGAAAUUGUUUUGUAAUGCAGUUCAGCUUUCUUUAUUUGAGCUUCUUACGCUUCUUUUAACAUCUAAAUUUGUGACCCUGAUGAACUGAAUCUGAAUCACAUUGUUUGUAUUUGUUUCUGCUUUCUGACCAUUUGCACCUUGUUUUAUUCAUGCCUCCCAUCCACAUUUUUUUUUUUUCAUUUUAAGAGGAUUAAUGAGUUUGGCUUUGGCGUACCGAAUGAGCCAAGUUAUUUCAAGACCUGUGAAAAUUAACGGUAUUCUAAUGGAGUUGCUUUUAGGUGUACUGCUAAUCAGUGUAAAUUCACAAAUAAAACUAUUUUAUGAAAACCGAA